UGUUCUGUCUGUGCUCGCCGAUGUUAGUAAACAACGCGGCCUCGCGUGAUUAUCAACUCGUCUCUAAUUUCGGUGUAUUUUCGUCUGCCAAUUCAUUCGGGGUGUUCGAAAAGUGCGAAUCUCAAACUCCUAUCAUCGUUGAGGGUUAAUCGGCUUAAUCGGAAAGUUCAGCACCUUUCUCAUCCGCGGAGUACACUGCGCAUGACGGAUUUCAAAGUUGCAAUGUUUUGGGUUUUCAAGUUCGAGAUCAACACGUGAGUUUUCUUCGUCGAUUUCAUGUGGUAGCACCGCUCGUUCUCGCAGUUUCUUUCGUGGUUUUGUGCGUAUUUAAUUCGGUAUUUCGAGCGCACGUUGUGUGAUACUCCCUGGAUCUCUCAGUUUGUGAUUUCUGUGUCUUAUCUGUGGAGUGUUGUUAAAGGUUUUGAGUGGUUACGUUAGUGUGGUGUUUGGAAUUAUUACGCUCCCCAUCGUCUCUUAUCGUCUUCAACACUUCAGAGAGGAUUUAUAAUCAAAGAUGAGAUCCGUUCGCAUUCGGGAUGGAGAGACCUACGGCGAGAAUAUGUAACAAAUCCGUCCCUCAACUGGACCAAUGGUGCCUAUGAUAGUGCGGAUCUUUGUGGAGGGGGAGCCGGGGUGCGAGGAUGUGGCGGAGGUGCCGGUGACGCCGGCCACGACGUGUCGCGAUGUGAUCGAGUGCGUAAGAGACCCUGGCGACGAGAUCUGCACCUUGGUCGAAACAUGGGCACCAAAAUGCGAACGGAUCCUCCAGGAUGACGAAAGACCCUUGGAAAUCCUCCAAGAAUGGGGGCAGCAACAGGAUAAAGUCAAACUUAUUUUGCGGUACAGCAUUCCUCGAUUUAUAAAAGGUGGCAGCCCAAAAACGAGCAAUGGAAUGAAGGAGCCGGGACUCUUCAGUGAUUCGGUAAGUUUUGGAUUCCGUCCAAUUUAUCUCCUGCAAUUCGGCCCACACCGUGAGUGAGUACUCGUCGUGGGAUCCACAAGUCACGCAUGAAUUGCCCACACUCUAUGGAAUAUUUGGACUUCAUUUUGCUAUUAGGAACUAUAAAUUCUGGCUUAUCCGAAAAAACACGUGUGUG